AUGCUCUCGUCGAAUCCCUCGGUUCUGUCUUCUCCGGCGACGAUGGUGGCUCCCCAAGGGAGACCGCCAGACCCUCUGACCCCAAAGGAAACUAAUUUGAACGAAGGAGAAAAGCUGGAGACCUUGCCUGAUUCGCCAAUGCAGAUGGAAGUCGAGGGCGCUACAGUGCAGGCAAAGACAAUAGGGGCCCCCGUUGUCACAACGCCGGUCUCCGACGUAGCCAAACAAUCAGGAAUGGAAAUCACGGAUCCGAAUCGAGUAACCGAUGGCACAACAGUGCAAACCCUAACUUCUUAUGCGUCCGCGGUGGCAGGGAACGCUAGUGCGCAGCAACCCCCGAAGCAGCGGUGGAUCCCGGUGGGCGAACAUGACCUGGUGCCAGGGACCUUCAAUGGCGAGCCGGAACUCAGAGUCUCUGACUCGCUCAGGAACAAACUCAGUGCUCCCUGGAAGCGGACUCUGGUUGUUAGACUGCUGGGGCGCUCGAUCGGAUACUCGACUCUGUGCAAUAGGCUGAAGGCCCUCUGGCGACCAUCUACCGCUAUGGAAAUUUUUGCGCUGGAUGACGACUGCUUUCUGGUGAAGCUUGGGAAUGAUAAUGAUUAUUUCAGUGCUCUGUCGGGCGGUCCGUGGGUGAUUUUUGACCACUACUUGGUCGUCCAGCAAUGGACUCCUUCCUUCAGGGUGACGGAUAAACUUCCUAACACCAUGGUUCUGUGGGUUCACUUCCCGGGGCUCCCUGUGCAUUUCUAUCAUCAGGAACUCCUAUUCGCGCUUGGCAAUAUGAUUGGAAGGGCCAUAAAACUCGACUAUCACACCCAGCACCAGCAGCGCGCAAAAUUUGCCAGAAUGGCUGUGGAAGUUGACCUUUCCAAGCCCCUGGUUCCAAGGAUUAGACUGGACGGCCGGUGGCAGAAGGUGGAGUUCGAGAACAUUCCCGUUGUGUGCUUUGAGUGUGGCAAAGUCGGUCAUACCAAUGUCACAUGCCCCUUAGUUUGUCAGGGGCGACCAGGUGCCGAGACUCAAUGUAAUUUGCAGUCGCCGGGGGUUGACGCCGGCGAGGGGGACUCCGGGGACAUGGCCGGGUUCGGGCCGUGGAUGUUAGUCUCACGGAAAUCUCGGCUCAAUCAUAGGGAGGUGGUGGGACAAGGAAAGUCGGAUCAGCAUCAACAAGCCACCAACGGCCACAAGAUCAGGAAUUCAGGGAAAGGAGAAGCUGGUGAUAAGGAAGGUAUGGCGAUUCUCCCGAAAUUGCAGAAUGGUAAAUCAGGGAAAGUGGCGGGGAGCUUACCUGGGAAGAAGGAGGAGGCGAAAAAAGGAAAGGCUCCAGUGAUGGGUAGUACUGAGACAGCAGAGAAAGGGCUCUUAGGCCCAAGACCCAGUCCAUUGAACGCAGCUCCUCGGCCCACUAAGCCCAGGAACGAUCAUGAGGCCUCAACUUCGAUGGCGGUAAUACAAAGCCCAGGGAAAGCAAGGAGAUGA